UGAUGACAUAAAACCCGGGCUCCGGGAACACCGGCGUGCUGAGGAGGCUAGAGGAUGGCGUCUCGGGGUCGGAGACCCGAGCACAGCGGACCCCCGGAGCUGUUUUACGACCAGAAUGAAGCCCGGAAAUACGUUCGCAACUCACGGAUGAUCGAUGUUCAGACCAAGAUGGCUGGGCGAGCACUGGAGCUCCUUAAUCUGCCUGAGGGUCAGCCCUGCUACCUGUUGGACAUUGGGUGUGGUUCUGGGCUGAGUGGAGAUUAUCUCUCAGAUGAAGGGCACUAUUGGGUGGGCAUUGACAUCAGCCCUGCCAUGCUGGAUGCAGCCUUGGACCGAGACACGGAAGGAGACCUGCUUUUGGGGGAUAUGGGCCAGGGUAUCCCCUUCAAACCAGGCUCCUUUGAUGGUUGUAUCAGCAUCUCUGCUGUGCAGUGGCUCUGUAAUGCCAACAAGAAGUCCGACAUUCCUGCCAAGCGCCUGUACCACUUUUUUUCCUCUCUGUAUUCUGUUUUGGCCCGUGGUGCCCGUGCCGUCCUGCAGCUAUACCCUGAGAACUCUGAGCAGUUGGAGCUGAUCACAACCCAGGCCACGAAGGCCGGCUUCACUGGUGGCGUGGUGGUGGACUACCCCAACAGUGCCAAAGCAAAGAAGUUCUACCUCUGUCUGUUUUCUGGGCCUUCAACCUUCCUGCCGAAGGCUGGCGCGGCGAGGCCUGGUGAGGAAGAGCCGAGAGUGGGUGCUGGAGAAGAAGGAGCGCCGCAGACGUCAGGGCAAGGAAGUCCGACCCGACACUCAGUACACCGGUCGCAAGCGCAAGCCACGCUUCUGAGUGGCGGCCACCUCUGGACAGCUCUGACCCAUCAUGGGAGCCGCCAGCUCAGCUCUCGCCCCCAGGAAGUUUUCUGUUUUGAAGUGAUUACUUCUGCAAUUGACAACAUAGUAUUUUAGAAAAGUUCUAAAAUUAUUUUCACUAAAAAAGUUAUAAGGAUUUCUUGUUUUGUUCUAAAAGCAAUAAACCACUUUGCAUGGAA